AAAUCUUCGGGACUCAAUUGAUGGUACAACCCUGAAAUCUGUAUACAUGGCUUUGGGUCAGUCUGUCUUGGGUUACUGUAUUCGAGCCUGGGGUGGAGCGGCAUCUACUACUCUUAUAUCUCUCGAAAGAGCCCAAAGAGCAGUUUUAAAAGUGGCGCUAAGGAAACCUAUCCGAUACUCGACAGUGGCCUUAUACAGGGAUGCCGAGGUUCUCAGCGUCAGAAGACUCUUUUACUUAAGGGUUGCUGUGUCCAUGCACAAAUCUGUUCUGAACUCUGAUUGUUACGGCGAAUUGCUCGAAAAGCGUGUUUUUAGAGUUCCCUGUCCCGCUGUAAAAACUUCAUUUGCUCGGCGUUUUGGUAACUUCCUCUUCCCACACAUCUACAAUAAACUUGUCAGGUUGUGUGAUUAUAAAUACUGCACGGUCAGACACUAAUACACAACACAUCUACACUUUUACACACAACAGCACACACCCUACAUCCAUCCCUGAUGCCUUUUCGUCUUCUGUGUACUUUUCAUAUUUUCGAUUUAUUGGUUCCUUAAAUAACGCUUCAGCUUAGCCGUACUUAAUUCUACCUGUUAAUCGUUAUUCUCUCCUCCACAGGACAGGCAAUGCCUAGUGUGGAGGUCUGUCUUUUAGUUAUUGUAUUGUUUGAUUCUGGCAAUAAAUAUUUUCAUUUUCA